AUGGGAUGUGUGUUGGGACAGCAUGAUGAAACUUGUAAAAAAGAAAGAGCAAUUUACUACUUGAGUAAAAAGUUCACUGAGUAUGAGUCCAAGUAUUCCUCGUUGGAAAAGAUGUGUUGUGCUAUAGCAUGGACGGCGCAUCGACUCAAGCAGUACAUGCUAUAUCAUACCACUUGGCUCAUUGCGAAGUUGGAUCCUAUUAAAUACAUCUUCAAAAAACAAUCUUUAUCAGGUAGAGUGGCAAGAUGGCAAGUGUUGUUGUCUGAAUAUGAUAUUGUAUAUGUGUCCCAAAAAGCUAUCAAAAGAAAUGCAAUCGCAGAUUUUCUAGCGGAAAGGGUGGAGGAGGAUUAUGAACCAAUGAAGUUUGAGUUCCCAAAUGAGGACCUGAUGUCGGUUUGCCAAACAAAUGAAGAGGAAUCAGAGGAGAAAGAGAAUUGGAAGAUGUUUUUCUAUAGAGGUUCGAACGCCUUAGGGCAUGGCGUAGGAGCCGCAGCAAUCAAGAGGAAAAUUCACGUUUUGGAAGUGUAUGGGGAUUCUGAUUUGGUCAUUUAUCAGUUACGAGGAGAAUGGGAGACCCGUGACUCGAAGUUAAUCCGGUAUCAUAAGUAUGUUUCAAAGCUAAUUGAAAAUUUUGAUAAGAUUUGUUUCACCCAUUUGCCCCAAAAGGAGAAUCAAAUGGCUAAUACAUUAGCCACGCUGGCAGCAAUGUUCAACGUUGGUACCGAUGUCAAGAUUCAACCCAUCAUGAUUAAUCUUCGAGAGUGCCCCGCACAUUGCUCCAGUAUAGAGGAAGAAGUAGACGAGAAACCGUGGUACCAUGAUAUUGUGCAUUAUCUCAAGUUUCAGCAGUAUCCGGAACAAAGCUCAGAAAAUGAUAAGAAAACCAUUAGAAGGUUGGCAAUGAAUUUCUUCUUGGAUGGGGACAUCUUAUACAAGAGAAGUAGGGAUCAAGUGCUUUUGAGAUGUGUGGAUGCAGCCGAAGCUUGGAGAGUAGUUGAGGAAGUUCACAAAGGAAUUUGUAGGGCACAUGCAAGUGGGCAUAUGUUGGCAAGACAGGUCAUGAGAGCAGCGUAUUACUGGCUCACAUUGGAAACGAAUUGUAUAGAUUUUGCUUGA